GCGAGCAGAGAGGCGUCACCAACAAUCCCCCCUCAAUUGUAUACACAAGUACAACUCCGCCUCCCUAUCCGGCAUGCCUUUCGCGAAGAAAAAAUGGCCGCUGCCCUUAGAGGGAGGUAAGAUUGCUGCUAAGCGCCGGCGAGGAGGGAAAACCGUGAUGCUGUCUUUGCGAAGGUCUGCCAGGCGGGUGGCGUGCUGGGUCCCCUGUGGGCAACGCCGCACCAAGAUGUACUACGGCCCCAGACGUCCCACUGGCCCGCUGCCUCGCACGCCCUGGACGGUUCGUGGGCCGCCGCCCGGCGCGAAGUUACCCUGGUACUUACAGAACGUGCCGCCCGUGCGGGAGCAAGUGCCCGAGCUCGACGUGGUGACGUAUGAAGGGAAGAUGUACCGCGUGCCCUGGCUUGCCAAACCUCGGCAUGAGAAAUGGGAGCGAGGAUGGCACAGUCGCCGGCACGACGGACCCUGCCUGGACGGCCUGCCGAGCUACAAGGAGCGGCCUUGUUACGUCUGCCAGCAGCUGACGCGCCUGCUGGAAGGAGUAAAGCAAGCAGCAUGGCUAACAAAGACAAAGGUAAUAGAUGGUCUACCUCAACAAAUACUUAGCAUAAUGACUGAUACAGCUAAUCAACUGGAGAAUCAGGACGAAAUAGUCCAAAAUGCAAUCUAUCAUGCACGCUUUUGGUUUAGCAGUGAGGAGGAGAUCAUGGAAGAAGCUUAUUGCCCUGUACUUCUGGAAGACUUGCUUCACUUGUGCAGGUCUAUGGCUGUCAAACAUCCCUUGCUGGCCAAACGAAUGUUGGCUCAAGACUAUAGAGUGGCAGCUACAUGGGAAAGAGAAUCUGUCCUCCUCCAGGUUCGUGGUGUCAAUGGGAAGCUUUUGAAUGCUAUGAAUCCUUUAGAAUCUGUAGCAUCUAAGGAUGAGAUAUUAGCCACUGAAAAUGACAUUUUAGAAAUGUUAUAUCCUAUUGCACCUACAAUAGACCUUCAAGAAGUUAAUAUAUAUGAAACAAGAAAUGAUACAGGUUUCCAAGCGGGUUAUCCAUAUCCUCAUCCUCACACUAUAUAUUUUGCUCAUGGUGACAAAUACCGUAGAAUGAGACCGGAACAACUCCGGGCUAAAAUGUUGAUGUUUGCUUUUGGGAAUGCUCUUGCUAAGGCCAGGGUACUUUAUGGGGAUGAACCCAAAGUCUUGGAGAAACCCAUUGUUGUUCAAAGUGUUGGCACAGAUGGCCAGAGUUUCCAGUUCAUGGUGUUCCAGUUAAACACAACUGAUUUAGAUCCCAGCCAUGGUGUUAAAAACUUGGCCUGGAUUGAUGCAGACCAACUUCUGUAUGAAGAUGCCAGGCGUUGCCCAGAAAUCAGGAAGAAGGUUGUCAUGAUUCCUGCUGGAGUACAUGGCUAUCAGCCAGCUACAUUCAAGAAGUUCCUGGCAUUCUACUUGCAUGGUGUUGUGUGAGGCUUCUCAAAAAGUCUUUGAAUUAACCUGCAUCAGUUAUGUUUUCCUUUCGUGAUGUUGGGCUUAUAUUGUAUUAAUGGCUAGAGGGUAUUUUAUUUUUGUGAAUAAAGUUUUUUUUAAAAAAAAAAA